AUGUUUCUUACGCGAAGCGAAUAUGACCGUGGUGUCAGCACUUUUUCUCCUGAAGGCCGUCUUUUUCAAGUCGAAUACUCUCUGGAAGCCAUCAAGCUGGGAUCUACUGCAAUUGGAAUUGCCACAUCUAAGGGUGUUGUGUUGGGUGUUGAGAAGCGCGUGACUUCUUCUUUGCUCGAACCCUCAUCCAUUGAGAAGAUCAUUGAGAUUGACCGCCACGUUGGCUGUGCCAUGAGUGGUCUCACUGCAGAUGCCCGUACUAUGAUUGAUCAUGCUCGUGUUGAAGCAACAAAUCACUCUUUCCAAUAUGAUGAACCCAUUAAGGUGGAAUCUAUAACACAAUCUGUUUGCGAUCUCGCCCUGAGAUUUGGCGAAGGUGCUGACGGUGAGGAACGCAUUAUGUCACGGCCGUUUGGUGUUGCUCUUUUAAUUGCUGGCUUUGACGAAAAUGGUCCACAACUAUACCACGCUGAACCUUCAGGAACCUUUUACAGAUACGAUGCUAAGGCAAUUGGUAGCGGUAGUGAGGGUGCACAGGUUGAACUUCAAAACGAGUACCAUUCAUCACUUACUAUGGAAGAGGCUGAGGUUCUGGUUCUCAAGAUCUUAAAGCAGGUUAUGGAAGAGAAACUUGAUGCUAAGAACGCACAGUUAUCGAGUGUCACUAAGGAGGAAGGGUUUAAGAUAUAUGAUGACGAGAUGAUGAAGGCUGUGGUUGAGAAGAUGGAGGCCGAGACGACUGCCGAUGAUGAACUUCAAGCUUAG